GAAAACCCGAUUCAAUUGCCAAACCAUUCCUGGAAAGUCACCCGAAUGCCCUUAACCUGUACAGUUGUACUUUGUGUUUAUGCCAUUGCAUUCACUGUGUGUUGGUGUCAGUUGCACCGGUGUUGUAAUGCCAAUGAUGAUAUAGCGGUUCGUAGGCCUACUCGAUACAACAGCAAUUGUUGAACCGAAAACGGAACAUGAAUAUUAUUUUUUGUCACUAGCGGCAAGCGCUCGAUGUUAUUGUGCAUGAGCAAAAACCUACCAAGAAUUGGCAUGCAUUAUUUUAACCACAACAUGACAAAAAGCGAAACAAUUCUGCCUUUAUAGAGAAGUAUCGAGUGUUUUUAUUCAGAACAACAGAAGGUCUAGAUGUUGAAUGGUCUAUAGAUUUAUCAGUAUUUUUCUUGAGCUGUUAACGAAUGCUGCACGCAUUGCUUCACCCAGCCUUUUGUGUUUUUUGUUAACGACUUUAUAGGCCUACCAUGUCAUCAGAUGGCAUGGACCCUAUGCAUUGAAUUAACUGAACAUAGCUCGUGUUUACAAACGCAUGUUUGUUGUUUCUUUUAUUUGCAGUGAUUGUUCUAAUAUGGGUUGUCUAGGUUUGUAUAUCUUGGUGACGACUGCUGUGAACUUAUUCGCUUUGAUUGUUUUGAUCGUGGUGGUUGUCGUUGCAUUGUGGAAGAUCUACCGUCAACAAAGUUCUAUAAUUACUUGGAUUCUCGAUGUAGACAAAGAGGCAGGCAAUGGAAGAUUCAACCUCGUACACAGAGGUUCCCCGAGGGUGUCUAGAGACACAUACGCACCGGUACGUUCAGACUCACCGGGGACCGUCCGUGAAGAGCUACCAGUCCCUCAGUCUUCUCCCAACCCCGAAGCCCGGGGCCAAGACAGGUCCAGUGGCGGUCAGCAGGGCGAGACCAAAGAGGACGACUCGGUAAAGUCUAAAGGCGCAGUGGGCGGACUCGUCCAAAGAGUCAAGCCGACCUUAGCUCGUAAGAACAAGCGCUCCCUGAGUCUUCCAAGAGGUAAAGCCAAGCGGGCACAUGCCACCGCCACUAGCAAGCCUCAAUUCGAUAUGAAGAGGAUCACAUACGAGCUACAGAAAACGGAGCCGUUUCAGAGGACGAGCGGCGAGUGCGACGACGCCCCCGGACCGGAAGAUACAGGCACUACUCCCUCCAACAGAACUCUCGAGAGACACCGGGAUCGAGCUGGAGAUGGGAACGAGUACGCUUCGACUGUGAUCUCCAAAAAGCCAGAUUGCCUUCCCCCGGCACGUGAUAAUACAACCAAGGGAGACCCUUUCUACUUCCAGCUGAACUCCAACGCUCAGGAGAAUGACGUCGACACGGGAGCAGACACCCGGGCGGUUCGGGGUCGACGAAGCAUGAGCGACGCCUCGUUCGUACAGAGUGCUGUCAGCCGAUUUCCCCUGAAGAUGAUCUUCGACAAAUCGGGUAAGUCAAACAAACAACGUCAGACCAAGAAGACCAAAUCGGAAGAUCAACCUCUCCCUAUGUUGGAGUCGACACAAGACAAUGAAUAUGAGCGCAUCAACCGGGAGGCUUCGCUGGUUAAGAGACCGCGUCACGCGGCAGUAACUACGGCCGAGUCUGACGGUGAAUACUCAAAGCUAAAGCGCAAUGGGACCAAGGAUAAUGGAGCUGGCCCUGCCGAAGGAUACGACCGAAUUUCCGCCGGGGCUUCACCGACAUCACCGGAUAAGAAAGACGGAAGCAAAUCACGUUUCUCGAUGAUAAACUAAAUGAAUACAUCAGUGCCAUAGAAACUGUACCCUAACGGUACUUUAUAUUGAAUGUCACUGGCCCAGUGGUUAAGACGCUGUGGGACUUGCAAUCACAAGGUGGUGGGUUCGAAUCCUACAAAGCUAACCACUGAUUUCGCUAUGCCUAAAAUAAGUACUGUUGUCUAUAGUUGUCACAAUUUCUUGAUUAGUGCAGUUCAUGUUUGGCUUUUGCAGCUUAGUGUUUAUAUCCCCAAAUUCCCUUGACAGGAAGAUCAAGCAAGCAAACAUGUUAGUGUUGUGCUUUCUUUCUGAAAGCAAGGACCAUCUUGGCUGUUAGUACACGGUUGGUAAUUAUGUUUGUGCUCUAGACUGCAAGGUUGGCUCACUUAGCUUAUACUCGUGGUUGAAGAGAAGCCACCGUGAUUAAAUUUUUUGUUCGGUCAUUUUUAUAUUGAAAUUCACCAUGUCGUCAGAGCUCCCCAUAUCCUGAACAAGGUGGUUCAGUUUAAUGCAUUGCAUCACCUGUAGCUCAUUGUAAUGUACUGAUGUAUUGUACCAGGAUCAUGCUGUUAUUAUUAUCAUAAUAUGUCUUUUAUCACUUACAAUGUUUGUUUCAGUAAAAUUAUCACAAACUCUGGUUCUCUCUUGUUUCGUUAUGAAAUAGAUCAGUUAAACGGACGCCGAUUCAUUUCAAAAGAGCUGUAAUUAUAGCGAUGACCAAAAUUACAAUAUUUUGUCCAUACUUGACAAUGUUUUGCGAAAGAUCUGUAUUUGUAAAAACCUUUGAUUAUGAUGCAUAUAUGGACAUCUAAACUCUAUGUACAUUUGACGGAGGAUAUAGUUUGUUUGCCUUGUGCUGGUCACAAUACGGUGAUAAUGUACUCAAGAGAACCAUUGAUAAGAUUGUAUAUAAUAAGAAAUAGAAGUUGAAGGACUCAUUGUACAUGUACUCGGAGAUCCAAGAUACCCGGUACUCGUAGACUUGGUACUCAGAAAUUAUAAUAUUUGGUACUCGGAUGUACUCGUAAACUAAGGCCUAAAUACUUGUAUUCGUUCUCAGGGAUCAAAUAUACUUGGUACUCGGCUGUUGGACUUGGUACUCGGCUGUUGGACUUGGUAUUUGGAUAUCAGAAUACCUGGUUCUCGGACACAUGUUGUAAAACCUUAAACCUACUACCCAAGCACUCGUAUACUUUAGUACUAUAGUCGGCAGCACUUUGUACUCGACUGAAAGCUACUAAAAACAUCAGACUACAUUUCACUCAGCAUUUAACUAUCCGAUUAUGCAGAGAAAUGCUUUAACUUUUAGAAAAUACCCUCAAAUUUAUUUUGUUUGCAAAGUAAAAAGUUAAAAUAAUGUUAACAAUAAUGUCAAAUGUAUAAAGUAAAGAUAACGUACAAAUAUUUUCAAAGUAAUGACAAAGAAGGCUGGCAAUUUCUUCAUUAAUUUUGCUUUUAAUAAGUCACGACAAGCACUAGUAGUUCGUCUGCUCAUAGGUAUAAUACUGGCCCCUAGUGCAAUUUGUAUAGAUAUCGCAAAACUGCUUUUGCAUAUUUUGGAGCUCCUGGUAAAUGGAGUUUAUUGAUCAUAAAGAAUCAUUUGUUUUCCAAGUAAGACAUUCAUUUUUUCAAACGUGUACGAUUUUUUUCAAACGUGUACGUUUUUUUGUUAUGUAAAUGACCCUUUUAUCAAUACGUACGUGUAUAAUGACCUUCUAGUUGGAUUUGGAACUUUGCAUGGUGGAAAUACGAUAUAAAAGGUUUGCGGUAACACCUUAUGACUAUCUCAAAAUGAGUUGGGUGGCUCUGAAAAGAACCGUUGGUUUCAACUCGACGUUUCUAUCAGUAUGCUCUGAGCUUUCUCCAGAAAAACAAUCAGAGCAUUCUGAUCGAAACGUCGAGUUGAAGCCAACGGCUCUUUUCAGAACCACUCCAACUCAUUUAGAGAUAACAUGGUGUUACCGCAAAUCUUUCGAGACCUUAUAGUUCUGAGCUGACGACUUCAAGAUUUUACUCCGUUGUUUUUUCUAUAUGCUUGCUUCGCUUUGAAUAAAAACUUCCAACAAUUAUAACAAUACAAAUGAUAUUGAGACGAUUAAUAUCAUAUUCAUUGCCAUGUCACCUUAGUAAUGUGGUCGUAUUCUUGAAAACACAUUGAACAGUUUGUUAUUAAAAUGUGACAUCGAACGCCAAAACAACACACUUCCCGGAAACGAAAACUGCAUGAAAAGUGAACACAACCGAAACAUAAGACAUGAUAUCAUUGUGAUGUGGUGUCUUCAACAUUCUGUAUGUUGAUAUACAUGCUUUCAUUAUAUGCCACUGUUAAUAGUAAUGUGGAAGCUCUACUUCUCAUCUGCAUGUAACUGACGAGCAGAAAUUCCCCAGAUUUUAUAGAUUUGGCAGGAAGUGCCCCUUUUUUGGCAUGACAUUUUGUAAAUUGUAGUUUAUGGCUAUGUAACGUGAUUCUGACAACCUUCUUUUGUGGCGUAUUCUCUGUCGUGUCAGUGCGAAAACAUUAUACGACUCUCUCUAACAAAUGCAACACCUGUUUGGAAGAGUACCCCCCCCCCCCCCCGCACCACCCCGCGAAAGAAAGAAAUAGAUAUGGAAUAAAUUGAACAAAACAAUAACAAGUUAAUGUAGGCUACGGCGCGCGUCAUCACACUCGAGAGAACAGUCACUUAGUUCGUUACACCUUAAAGUUUAGACGAACAAUUGCAAAUAACAUAGAGCGGGGUGGCGUUUAUACAUAAACAACAGCGGUGCCUUUGUUGUGCCUUAAAGAAAUUAAAAUAAUUCUUUGCAAAACUGUACAUCGAUUUAACAUGUUGGGAAAAGGGUUUGUUUAUUCAUUUACACAAUAAUAAUCGAGUUAAAGGCAGUGGACGCUAUUGGUAAUUACUCAAAAUAAUUA